AUGGGUCUUAUAACAGGAUCCGGAAAAUCGACGAGCAAUGUUCCUCUCCGCCAGUGGGGAAGAGCACCAGCGAAGUCGUUUGACCGUUUCAACGAGUUGCCCAAGGAGCUUCGAAAGAUGGUCUGGAAGGCGGCUCGCCCCCGCCGAAUUCUCUCUCUCACCCACCAUCUUGGUCCGCCCUUCCUCACAAUCUGCCAAUCCACCCCAAUGAUCCCCGGAGAAGCUUGGGACGAGGUACGACGAGACUACACCACCAUCACCGAGACAAUCAACGGCACUCGUCGGAUGACAACCGACCUCCAUUUCUGUCCGGACUCGGACACUCUCUACAUCACCAACCAACCCCCUCAGGGGGUUACCUUCCCUUGGUUCCGUCUCCUCAACGAAAUGGCCGCUACCUUCCGCACCUACCCCAAGGCCCUCGCCAUCAACCACGACUUCAUCACGCCUGGCGCCCUCCAAGUCACGGAUUUCCUCCGGUUUUCCGACAUGGUCGAGCUCCAUGAUGUCGUUGGUCGCGCAGCCCGCAAAACUCGGACGAAGACCCUGGUCCCAGGGCAACCAGUCAAGUUCGGACGAACAUUUCGGGGAGAGGAGACGAGAGCAGAGUUUCUGGCACGGGUGGCGGGUGUGGAGGCAUUGUGUGCAGAGUUGGUGAGAGGAACACAGCAAUUGAGGCGCCGAUUCCUGUUGUCAAAAUUAUGA